CCUUCUGGUCUUCGGAAGCCUUAAUGAUUCAAGUCAUUACAAUAAACCUCGGGUCAUUAAGGACUGACCUGAGGAACACACACACACACACACACACACACACACACACACACACACACACACACACACACACACACACACACACACACACACACACAUGUACAAACGAACACACAAUGUCGAGGGGUAUUUAUGGACGUCAAGCCAACAAGCACUUCACAGGCUCUCAAGGUGGUCUCGGGUCAAGAGGUCUCCUGUUCUUGUUUCCCGUAAACAUGAGGACCCCUGUACACCCCUGUAUCAAAUGUUCAUGGUGUAAUAAUUACUUCCCGUUGUCCGCACUCGUAGCUCAUAGGGCGGCCUGCCUUCCAGAGGGCCUUGGGACUGGAUCGAAAGAUAUAUCUACUAGAAACAAUGAAGAGACGUCGUCGACUAGCUCUGAUCGAUCAGAUGUCGGUUUCUCUCAACCAGACCCCAGCGAUAUUGGAAGUUGUUCUCCACGGGCGGGUCUCAGCGACGAGGCCAGUCAAAACCAAAGGACUAUCUCCGAAGAAGGCGGGUCUGGUAGGCUCAGCCAUUGGCCCUCCUCUUCAACGAUCGGUAGUGGACGAAAACGAAAACAAGCGAAUACAGGAACAAACGACACCUGCAGGAAAAAGCAAGCCCGUCGUGAGGGAUUCUCCCAUCCAAACAGUUCUCCACAGCCAGGACCCAGCGGUUAUAACCCGGGACGGCCGACAACAACACCCUCACCAACACCAGGUGAAAUAAGCCAACAUUUCAACGGGGCCUUAACAACGAUCGACGUGCCCGUCCCACCAGCAGACAACGGCGACAUUGCAUCAUAUUUCAACAACAACACUGGCCGUCUUCGCGAGGCAGUAGAGUCUGUAUUCCAAGGCUGCCAGCAGGUUAGACCUCCUUCUUUAAAGUGUACGUUGACAUGCAUCUGCGCUUAGUCAGAGAAGACCCCGACGGUGGAGUUCAAUAUAGAGAUAUGUAUAUGAGAAGUCAUAUGCAGGUAAUUAGCUAUGGCGAUAUGGAUUCAUAUGUACGUGAACUAUCCGAAUAUUUUGUUAAUCGGUUUGAACAUGACAUGUCGGACGAAGAGGGCAGUGGAUUUACGUUAGAUGAAAUAGUUAGCGUAAA